GAGGCGCCUCCUUGUGGCAUGUCCAAAAACGGAUACUACUUUCAGGAAAUGGAGCAGAGGGAGGCGGAGCCGGACGAAGACAGGGAGGGCCAGGGGGAGGUCCAGGACUCGCCCAUUACCUCCGCCGACGACGUCCAUCUUUACGACAGCCAGAUCACUCCCGGACAAGAAAGCGACGACUCCGGUUGCGUGCUGCUCAACACAUCCAGGAGGUAUGUGAAGCUGAUGAACUUCGAGGAGGAGAUCCGUGCCCACCGGGACCUGGACGGCUUCCUGGCUCGCGCCAGCAUCCUGUUGGACGAGACUGCGGCGUCGCUGGACGACGUUCUGAAGAAAAUGCUGAGGCACGUGGGACAGGACGACAACGCCCCGGAGCCGGCUUGCAACUUUGAGGACGUCAUGAGUUUGCUCUUCACAGACGCCGGCGCGCAGGAAGUCAACAUUCACCUUCUGUCAGAGACCAUCCAAGGCGUGACGGCCACCGACACGGGGGUCCACUACCAGCAGUCAUGGCUCUGCAUACUGUGCAACCUGAAGAACCUGCAGCGUCGCCAUGUGUGCAUCUCGCGACUGGAGAGGCCUCAGAACUGGGGGGAGAACUGCUGCGAGGUCCGCUACGUCAUCCUGGUCCUUGCCCCGCUCAAGAUGAAGAGCACCAAAACGGCAAUGGAGCUGGGCAGGACUUUCGCCACACUCUUCUCGGACAUUUCCUUCCGCCAGAAACUUCUGGAGACCAAAACGCAGGAGGAGUUCAAGGAGGCGCUGGUCUUCCAGCGCCACCAGCUGACCGCCGCCAACCAGACGUCCAGCGGCACGGGCAAGGAGGAGACCGACCCCCGCAGCCAUAAGCCCCUCCGGUGUGCGGACUUCUUCCCAGCGGGCCGCGGGAUUUACGAGGACUUGUGUCGCCGCCUCCCUCUCUACGCCUCCGACUUCACGGACGGUAUCGUGGGUAACAACAAGACCCUGUUGAAGUACAUGACCACGGCCAUCUUCCUCUACAUAGUCAUCCUGCUGCCGGCCAUUGCCUUUGGCUCGCUAAACGACGAGAGCACGCGUGGCGAGAUUGACGUGAAGAAGACCAUCAUCGGGCAGUCCAUCGGGGGUGUCAUCUACUCUCUUUUUGCCGGCUCGCCCCUGGUGGUCCCGUUGACCACGGCCCCCCUCGCCAUUUUCAUAAGUGUGAUCCGCGGCAUCUGCGAUGACUACCAGCUGGACUUUCCGGCGUUCUACGCCUGCAUCGGUCUGUGGAACUGCCUGUUCCUCAUCCUGGGAGGCAUCUGCAACCUCAGCUUGGUUAUGAAGCUCUUCAAAAGGUCAACAGAGGAGGUGAUCGCGCUCUUCAUUUCGUUUGCGUUUGUGGUGGACGCUGUCAAAGGAACGGUGAAAAUCUUCCAGAGGUACUACCACGCGCCCACGAUGAGUAACGCCAGCUCUCCGACGCCGGUGUCUGGUGGCGAGUCGGACGCGUCAUCGGCACUGAAUGCACUGCCCGAGACGCUGAUCCACUGCUCGCGUGAGCGGCCCGUCCUCUGCCUGCUACUCAUGAUGGGCACCUUGUGGAUAGGCUACACACUCUACCAGUUCAGGAGGAGUCCGUUCCUGCACGCCAAAGUGAGGGAGGUGCUGUCCGACUGCGCCCUGCCCAUCUCGGUGCUUCUCUUCUCCUUCAUCGGCUCCUACCUGUUCAGAGACAUCGAGCUUCCAGUGUUUCGAAUCCACAACAAGCCCACUUUCAGGGUGGCGCCGUUGGAGCGUUUGUCGGCCUUGAACGUCCUGAGCGCCAUGGGCCUGGGCUUCUUGCUGGCCUUGCUCAUCUUCAUCGACCAGAAUAUCGUGGUGUCACUUACCAACGCCCCUGAGAACAGGCUGCUGAAGGGCACGGCGUACCACUGGGACUUGAUGCUGUCAGGCCUGAUCAACAUCCUGAUGUCGGUUCUGGGGCUGCCCUGGAUGCACGCCGCUUUCCCGCACUCCACGCUGCACGUGCGCCAGCUGGCCUUCGUGGAGCAGCGCGUCGAGGGAGGACACCUCUACGAAACCAUCGUGCAGGUGAAGGAGACGCGCGUGACAUCGCUGGCAGCCAACGUUUUCAUCGGCGCUUCGGUCCUGAUGCUCCCUCUGCCGCUACAGUGGAUCCCUAAGCCCGUCCUCUACGGCCUCUUCCUCUACAUCGCCAUCACAUCCAUCGACGGCAACCAGAUGUGCGACCGCAUGGCCCUGCUGCUCAAGGAACAGACGUCAUACCCGCCCACCCACUACAUCCGUAAAGUGCCCCAGAGGAAGAUCCACUACUUCACCUUCCUGCAGAUGAUGCAGCUGCUGGUGCUGUGCACGUUUGGCAUGUACCCCAUCCCCUACAUGAAGAUGAUCUUUCCCUUGGUCAUGAUCCUGCUCAUCCCCAUCAGGAACAGGGUGCUUCCUCACAUUAUUGAGGCCAAAUACUUGGACAUCAUGGAUGCCCAACACAUGUAG